AUGGAAGCGAUCCGCGAACACACCUUGUCGCGUGCUGAGGGCAAUGACGGGAGCGAGCCGGAGGUGGCUGGCACUCUCAACGCAGCGGCGUUUUCCAGUGCUGCGAGCCCGAGGCGGCAUUCCAGCAAUGCGAGUGUCGUGAGCUUCAGCGCAAGAAGCCCUGCGAAUCAAACGAGCCACCGGCCAUAUCUUCAUCCCAGAUAUGGCAACUCCCAGGCGCGCCUCUAUGACCGGCGUGAAAACAGAACCAAGACUGCGGUGACUGCGAUAUACCAGGGCUCUCGAAAGGGCGCGCCGGCUGUGUUAUUACGAUCUUACGAUUCGCGAAAAGAGCCUCCACCCGAGUUUGACUGCAAGAUUUGGGAAGCCGGUCGAGCUACAUGCGCCAUAGGGCUUGCCUUCAAGUCGGUUCGCAUAGGCCAGUCGGUGUUUCACGAUGACGGGGUAGGGACCUUUAAUCCGUCCCCAGAGGCGCUGGACGAGGCAGUGAGUGAAUGGCCGGGACGGGAGAUUGGUACCUUCCUCAGCAUCGGGACCGGAAAGCGGCCGAAAUCAACCGACGCAAACUCCACGAUGUGGUAUGAGGGAUUCUUGGGCGAGUUUGCCGAGGCCAGGAGGCGACUAAUCUCCAAGAUCGAGGGGUGCGAGACGAUACACGAAUACAUGGUGCGAGAGCAUCUAGGAAAGCGGGGAGUCAAUAUCGAAAACUACUAUCGAUUAAACGUGGAGAUGGGGGUAGGAGAGUUUGGGAUGAAUGAGUGGCACCGGCUUGCUCCAAUCAGCACGGGGACAAAGCAAUACCUUCGACGGGAGCAUGAGCACCAGCUGGUCGUAGGCUCGGCCUCCAAGCUCGCAAAGAUCCAUUUCGCACACAAGCGUUUCGAGAGGCCUGUGCCGGGGAUUCCAACGAUCGCGGCACCACCGCCGCAAGCGCCGCUCACCUUUGCCGUAGAGCUCCCGGCCCAUGUUCCAGAGACAUGGCCGUCACAACCGAGGCCUUCGUUCGACUCUGGGCCCGAUAUCAUGAGCACCCCCAGAAUCGAAGACGCAUCGCCCAGGACAUCAUUCGACCCAUCGCACCUUUCGGCAAACCGUAUUUCGCAGUACAAGGACCUACCACCGCCUCCUCCGCGGACACCGGAGCCUACGGUAUCGGUAGCCGAAAACGAACCGGAUCGGCGGGUCGUCAACGCACCGACGCCCUCGCAGUAUCGGUUGGGUGCAGGUUCUGACAAGAUUGCCAUCGUUGGCCAGGACGAUAAGCCUCGUAUCUCGUCAGACGGGCCUCAUGCGUCGCCACGACUCCCAGUCAAAUCACCUCAUCUGCCACCGUAUAGAAUCGAACCACCUCCGUUGCCGCCGAAAACGCCGCUUCUCGAGGACCAAGGGCGAUAUAUAGCCCCAACUUCUGCCACAACUACGCCCGUUCUUCCCUAUCCGAUAGAUGACGAAGCGCCACCUAUGGUCAAUAUGGCAAGAAAGCCGGAAUACCGUGGCCGAUAA